AUUCCACCGAGAGCCAGGAAAGCAGACUGGUGAAGCUCCCUGUUCUGCUGACUUCAAUAAUGAUGUUAAAAGGCUUUAUCCCAUGUGGAGCCCCUCCGUGACAUACGAAGAAGGAUCUUGCCGAAAUCUGAAUUCUCCCUGCUUCCUCCCAAACCUGGGAAUGUCAAACGCUAGGCCCGGAGCUUGGGGUGUGUUUUUUUUUCCUCUCCUCAUCUAUCUCUCUGACACAUCUCCCUCACUUGGGAUCCUCUCUUUCUCUUCCCCUUUCCCUGUACUAUUUUCACUUCCCCUUGCUCUGCGUUCUUUUCCCUCGUCCACGCUCCUCAUUUCCCAGGGAGGGGAUGCUUUUUCUGGCAUCUCUUUCCCAGGAUCUGCUCUUCAAGCCUCCCUAGAGUUUGUCCGCGGGCCCGUGGCAUUCAGCGUGGCUUCCGAUUUGGGGCCUCUCUUUCUCUGAUCUGGCAAGGGCUCCAGAGGCUUCGCUCCCCUCGUCCUCAGACGGAAUCCGAAGCAGGUGGUCGGGGAAGCGUCUUCAAAUGCCAUAUCCGUCCAGCGAGCCUCCCCCUCGCUCAGCCCGAGCCACCGUUCUCCCCCACAGACCGCCGGAGCCUUUUCAGGGGGCUCGGGGCAGCCCGCCACCCCCCUCUCCACUGCUCCCGCUGCGGUUCACCGGGAAGAUUUCCAGUUGGAUGUGUCAGCGCGUCACGCCAUUGGAAGCGCAGCUUCUCCCGGUAAGCGUGGGACCAUCUGCUCCGCGCAGCGCCGACGUUUUCCGCCCGAGCUGGAACUGGAGGGGAGAAGGCCGGCAGACGGGCAGAUGGUCCGUCACCUGCGGGUGAUUGACCCAGGAUGGCGGAAGGUCUUCCUGUUUCUUCUCUGACCCCCUUCUUGGGAGCGAAACACCUGCUCGCUGAUCCCGUGGACUCCUCCUCAGAACGGACGCCGUAAAAAUCCCGCCCCGCGGCCCCCAUGGAUGCGUCCGACGCGACCUCCCUCUUCACCGAGGAGCCCGUGAACGUCUCCACCGGCAAAAACGCUUCUGCCGGGAACUUCCGCUGGGAGAUUCCGAUCGUCCACUGGGUGAUCAUGGGCAUCUCUCCCCUGGGCUUCGUGGAAAACGGAAUUCUCCUCUGGUUCCUCUGUUUCCGCACGAGGCGGAAUCCCUUCACCGUGUACAUCGCUCACCUGUCCGUGGCCGACAUCUCUUUGCUCUUCUGCAUCUUCAUUCUGGCGGUCGACCACGCCCUGGACUACGAGCUCUCUUCUGGGGACUACUUCACGAUAGCCACUCUGUCGGUGACUUUUCUGUUCGGGUACAAUACGGGUCUCUACCUCCUGACGGCCAUUAGCGUGGAACGGUGCCUGUCCGUCCUUUAUCCCAUCUGGUACCGCUGCCACCGUCCGAAGCAUCAGUCGGCGUUUGUCUGCGCCUUGCUGUGGGCGCUCUCCUGCCUGGUGACCACCAUGGAGUACGUCAUGUGCAUCGAUGUCCCCGGCGAGGAGCAACUGGACGGCCAGCGGGCGGACUGCUGGGUGGUCAUCCUCUUCAUCUCCAUCCUCAACUUCCUGGUCUUCACCCCCCUGAUGGUGGUCUCCAGCUUGAUCCUGCUGGUCAGGAUCCGCAGGAACGCCUGGGCUUCCCGGCCGUCCAAGCUGUACAUCGUCAUCACGGUCACCGUCGUCGUUUUCCUCAUCUUCGCCACGCCCAUGAGGCUCCUCUACCUUCUGAACUACCAGUACUGGUCCACCACUUUUAGGAACCUGCAUCACGUUUCCCUCCUCUUCUCGACCAUCAACAGCAGCGCCAACCCUUUCAUCUAUUUCUUCGUGGGCAGCAGCCGGAAGAAGAGGUUCAAGGAGUCCUUGAAGGUGGUCCUCAACAGAGCGUUUAAAGAUGAGGUGCAACCCAAGCGCCAGGAGGACGUCUCUAACUCCAUCUCUAUUGAAACUGUGGUGUGACAUUCUGCGGUGAAAUUUGAGCGGGAGGCAGGGUUAGUCUGGAUCUUGGACUGGCGAGCUCCGUGGCUCGCACAAGGGACUCAGUAAAGCGCUUAGUACGGUGCCUGGCACCUAGUAAGUGCUUAACACCAUAAAAAAAUACCUCUAAAUGCAUCUUACCUACGAAACAGUGGAACUCCCCAUGCAUGCCCACUAGCAAACCCCGGGAUUAUCCUACUCUGAUACCUUAUUCUCUGGAAAACUGCUGUAGAUGUGCUCUGACCCCUUUGGAAAUGUUCCUUUUCAGGAUCAUCUUCUCUUCCUUGAGCUCCUAUCAGAAGUAGCGCGAGGACCUCGUUAAAGGGACUCUCGUAAAGGUUCACCCACAUCUGUGGAAAAGCAAUCGGGUUAUUUGUUGAAACUUGGUGUCGGGGGUGGGGAGCGUCUAUUAAAUGAUUGAGAGGUGGAA